GCGCACGCCCUCCCGGCGCCAUGCUGGGCUGGCGGAGCGCGCGGGGCGCGCGGGGCCUGCGGGCUGUGGCGCAGGCGUGGCUGUGGGGCUCGCCGGGACGCCCCCCGGCUCUGACGCGCGCGGCAGGGGCGCCCUGCCCGGGGAACUGGCAGCCCCCGGCAUGGCCCGAGCCGCGCCGGCGCCCUCUCAGCCUGUCGGCCGCCGCGGUAGUGGACUGGGCGCCCCGCCCUCUGCAGCCCUACCUGCGCCUCAUGCGGUUGGACAAGCCCAUUGGAACCUGGCUGCUGUAUCUGCCGUGUACCUGGAGCAUUGGUUUGGCAGCUGAACCAGGCUGUUUCCCAGAUUGGUACAUGCUGUCCCUCUUUGGCACUGGAGCUGUUCUGAUGCGUGGAGCAGGCUGUACUAUUAAUGACAUGUGGGACCGGGAAUAUGACAAAAAGGUUACAAGAACCGCAAAUCGCCCAAUAGCUGCUGGAGACAUCUCAACUUUUCAGUCCUUUGUUUUUCUUGGAGGACAGCUGACCUUGGCACUGGGUGUUCUUCUGUGUCUGAAUUAUUACAGUAUAGCUCUGGGAGCAGCAUCCUUACUUCUUGUCAUCACCUACCCACUAAUGAAAAGAAUUACAUACUGGCCUCAAUUAGCCUUGGGGUUGACAUUUAACUGGGGAGCGUUGCUUGGAUGGUCUGCUAUCAAGGGUUCCUGUGAUCCAGCUGUUUGCCUGCCACUGUAUUUUUCUGGAGUUAUGUGGACACUAAUAUAUGAUACUAUUUAUGCCCAUCAGGACAAAAGAGACGAUGCUCUGAUUGGUCUUAAGUCCACAGCCCUGCUCUUCCGUGAAAACACCAAGCAAUGGCUGGGUGGCUUCAGUGCUGCUAUGCUGGGGGCGCUGAGUCUGGUGGGGGUGAGCAGCAGCCAGACUGCUCCCUACUACGCUGCUCUGCUCGCCGUCGGAGCCCAUCUGGCUCACCAGAUUUACACUCUAGACAUCCACAGACCAGAGGAUUGCUGGGAUAAAUUUACCUCCAACCGAACAAUAGGACUAAUAAUUUUUUUAGGAAUUGUCCUUGGGAAUUUGUGGAAAGAAAAGAAGACAGAUGACAUAAAGAAAAAUACAGAGAGUAGAAUAGAAAAUUAGUGAAGUUUAUCUAGGAAUUAUUAAAACAAAUUUUUACAAAGAAGAACCCAAAGACGAAGAUUUAGAGCAUUUUUACCUGGAUUUUAAUUCAACUACUUGCUACCAGAAUUCCUCCCUGUCACAGAAACCAGGGACUUUUCGGGAUUUGAGAUAACCCUGAGUAUUUAACUUGAUGAAUUCUUUAGUCCAUUAUAAUUCUGAUCUGAAGUUCCAGGAAUUGUAUGAGUUUUGGCACUUUAGGGAAAACCCGAUGUGUAUCUCAUUUAAAUGAAUGUCUCAAAAUGCACUCUUUUUUUUUUU